UUCUUUUUUCUUGCUUUAGGAUGGUUUGUCGCUUCAAUCCAUUUUAUAUUGGUCCCACGCCACCCAGCUGUUGCACGGAUCUGAAGCCCGAGUGCGACUGCCCACCCUGCUCACCAGAUACAGGGUAUCAGGAGCCUCGACCCGUUCAUGAGGAGUGCAACAAGGGUGUUUCCGAAAAGGAAACCAAGGAGAGCAAGUGCAAUCCCCCCUGCAUAGAAGCCCCCAAGAAGGAAAAGAAGGAAAAGUCCAAGAAGUCCGAAAAAACAGAUACCAAAAACAAUAAAUAAAAUGAGUUUUUAAUAGAAAUGUUCCAUAAAAAAUAGGCGACCUUUUCAAUUUUGUUUCGAAAAUAUAAAAAAUUGAAUUAUGAUGGAUACGAAUGUGCGCGAAGACUCCAUAAACUUGGCUUGUUAAAAUUCAAUUACAUGCAGCUCAUCCAUACAAACAUGAACACGUUUAUACAACAUAUCAAAUCAAAGUCAACCACAAAUAUAUUUUCAA